AAAUUGUAGUUGUUGCUGUUUCGAGAUAAACAGGAAACUUUUGGCACUCCUUCAGCACAAAGAGCAUGGAAACAAUCAAAUCCAGCUGAGUGGUGGAUUAUUCAUGGCAGUUGUGCUCCUGAACUUCAAAAAAUAGCUGUGAAAGUAUUAAGUCAAACCACCACAUCAUCUCACUGUGAACGUAAUUGGAGUACUUUUAGUCUCAUCCAUACGAAGACAAGGAAUAGAUUGAAAUAUAAGAAAAUUCAAAGAUUAGUCUUCAUCACCUAUAACAUGAGCUUAAAGUUGAGACAUGUUAAAAGAAGCAGCCAAGAGGAGAUUGAUAGGAGUUUUAAUCCUAUUAACUUGGAUUACAUAUUUGAAGAAGAUGAUCCAAUAAGUCCAUGGAUAGAAGAAAGGGAAAAUCCUUUACUAGAUGGUGUGGAUAAUUCUGAAUGGCUAGAUUUGGUCUCAGAUGAUGGUGGUGGUGGCGGCGACGACGACAGCAAUGGCGAUGGCAGCGAUGGAAACGGUGGUGGUGGCACCCAUAGAUAUCAAGCUCGACGCACUUCUCAAAGCUCAACUCCUACUCCAACUCAAAGUGAUAAUAGUGGUGGUUUAACACCAUCUGAUGGAGGAGGUGAUGAUGGUGCUGGUGAUGGCACUUCUCACGGUGACGGUGGUGGUGGUGGCAGCGACAAUGGUGGUGAUGGCAGUGAUGGUACUAGUUUUGGUGCAGGAAGUGAAGAUUUUAUUGGAGGAUUUGGAUUAUGUGAUGUUGGGGAACAUUAUGAUAUUGGAGAACCUGUUGCACCUUUACCCCAACUACCUAGGAGGUUUCGUGGUAGUGAUACCCGUAGGGAUGAAAGAAGAAUAAGAAGUAGAGAACAACAGCUUGAUUCAUCUGAUAGUAGUCAUAGUUAUCCAUAUCACCCUUAUCCAUCCUAUAGCACUGAUAGCCAGAGCUAUCCUUACCCACCUCAACAAAAUUAUCUUUAGCCCCCUCAACAACAUGGUCCUCUAGGAUACGGUUUGCCAAAUUAUCAACAAACUCAAGAAGGGUAUGUUGAUCCUUUUCAGCCAAGGUAUCCAUUUUCUCUCCCAAUGCACGAAACAGAAAGAGAUGACAUGAUGAGCACAUUUACUUAUAUAUUUCCUAUUGGAUGGAAUGAAGGUAGUAGCAAUCAAGUUCAACAAUCUGAUUCCCAAGAUGCACCACGUCACUCAUUUUGGUGGGGUGAAUGUAGCAGCAACAAUCAAGCUCAACAAUCUGAAUCUCAAGAUGCACCACGUCACUCAUUUUGGUGGUGACAUUAUGUAAUUUUAGUAGUAACAUUGUGUAAAAUGUACUAUCUGUUAUUUGUGAUUUAUGCUAUGAUGUUAUGUAGUUUGUCAAGUUCUUCCAUUAUGGAU